CACAGACACAGACACACGCGCACACACAUUCACACACAUUCCAUCAGCUCUGAACAUACUCUUCCUUUGAACGUCCUGUCCCACAUCCCCUGGUGAUUGUGCAAAUGAAGAAACCUGAUUGUUCAUUUCCGAUUCUCUUUCUUUCUCUUCAUGUCUAAGAGAGACUUACUGUGUCUUCCGGCUCAUCUGUCAUUCUGCAAGUUUGAGGGGGUGGGAGGACAUACACGCUUCAGAAUAAAAAUGUUUGAAGGAUUAGGUAAUUGGUAAGAGAGUGAGAGAGAGACUAUUGACAGACAGAGGCAGACUCAAGCACUUUGUAGGAAGAAUAGGGUGUUUGCUGGAACAUGAAGACAGCAGUUUUUCCAAUGGGCAGCAAAGCCAGCAGGUUAAGUACAUUGGCUCAGACGCUGAACAGCACCCCCAUGGAUCAAACAGAACAGAAUCUAAACCCAGAAGACUUUGUUGAGCUUGACCCCGACCAGCUGCUAAGGGAGUGUGAGGAAGCCCUCCAGAGGCGUCCAGCCAGGCCCCACAGAGAUCUGGUGUAUCCCAAGGGAGCCGCACACUUCCGCCACCAGCCCGGCCCCUCCAUACGAGUGAUGCAGUGGAAUAUACUUGCACAAGCACUAGGUGAAGGGAAGGAUGGAUUUAUUCGGUGUCCUCUGGAGGCCCUCAACUGGAAGGAAAGGAAGUAUCUCAUCCUGGAGGAGAUCCUCAACUAUCGCCCUGACAUUGUUUGCCUGCAGGAAGUUGACCAUUACUAUGACACUUUCCAGCCAAUCAUGGCCAGCCUAGGUUACCAUGGGAGUUUCUUGGCCAAGCCUUGGUCUCCUUGUCUAGAUGUAAAACAAAACAAUGGACCCGAUGGUUGUGCAUUGUUCUACCGCCUCUCGCGUUUCUCCCUGCAGACUUCAGUUCAUUUGCGGCUGUCAGCAAUGAUGUUACCCACCAACCAGGUAGCCAUUGUGCAAGUACUGAACUGCCGGCUAACAAGUCGGCGACUCUGUGUGGCUGUUACGCAUUUAAAAGCUCGAAGUGGCUGGGAAAGGCUAAGGAGUGCACAGGGUGCUGACCUGUUACACAGCUUACGAAACAUAACUUCCAGGAGUGGAGGAACCCAGGAUCUGCAGUCAUCAGAGGCAGAUCCGCUAGUUGUAUGUGGAGAUUUCAAUGCAGAGCCCUCAGAGGAUGUUUAUCGCCACUUCAGAUCAUCCCCGCUUGGCUUGGACUCUGCUUAUAAGCUGCUGAGUUCUGACGGACAGACAGAGCCACCUUAUACUACGUGGAAGAUCCGCCCCACCGGAGAAAGUUGUAGCACACUUGAUUAUAUCUGGUAUACUCGUAAUGCUUUGAGUGUGGACUGCCUGUUGGAUAUUCCUACUGAAGAUCAGAUUGGUCCAGACCGCUUACCCUCGUUUCACUACCCCUCAGACCAUUUAUCACUGCUUUGUGACAUCCGCUUCAGAGAGGGUUAGUGUGCACCGACAACCGCAGAGCAGCCACACCUAGUAAGAUGAGUGAUAGUGGAGUUAUUUAUUAUAGGAUAAUAUAUGCUCCAACCAAAAUAGGCAUUGGAACACAGUACAACUGUUAUUAUUCAGUGAGGUUUUUGACAUAAUUUGAAGACUGAUUUCUUGAAAUUUGAACAUGUUCAGGUUUAUUUUCAAUGAACAGCUACUGAAGUUAAGUCGAUUCUAUUAUUUAUUAUUAUGAUUGAGAUUUUAAAGUUGUUUCCUAAAUACCUUCCAGACCAAUUGUAUUUAUUGUUAUUAGCAAUAUUUUUAUAUUAAUCUAAAAUAUUAAUUGAAACAGAAGGCUUUGAUUUUACAUCAUACUACAUAUUAUUGCAGAAAUAAAA